AUGCCUAAAAAGAGAAAGACUAAACGUGUUGUUACUGGUACUGUUGAUAAAAGCCGUGAGGACCCGAAGAAGCAGGUUCAACAGGAUUCUCUUAAAAAUAAAGCAGAAAGUAGUAAGGGUGUUGCUCCAGCGUCGACCUCAGGAUUCAUCCCGACGGAGCAGCGUCAACAACAGGAUUCUCUUAAAAAUAAAGCAGAAAGUAGUAAGGCUGUUGCUCCAGCGUCGACCUCAGGAUCCAUCCCGACGGAGCAGCGUCAACAACAGGAUUCUCUUAAAAAUAAAGCAGAAAGUAGUAAGGCUGUUGCUCCAGCGUCGACCUCGACGGAGCAGCGUCAACGACAGGAUUCUCUUCAGAAUGAAGCAGAAAGUAGUAAGGCUGUUGCUCCUGCGUCGGGGAAUAAAACAAUGUUUUGUCUGCGCAAUGGCAAAUAUUGUAGCAUUGGUUAUGAAUGUGAGCUUAAGGCCAACCAUUUCCUUGCAACCUUCUCUACUGACAAGGUUUUUUAUCAAUAUAAUGUUUCCAUUACACCAGAAGUUUCUUCUCGUUCGGUUAACCGAUCUGUCAUCAGACAACUUGUAAGGAUCCAUAGAGUCUCCGAUUUGGGAAACCGCCUUCCUGUUUAUGAUGGCAGGAAGAUCCUUUAUACUGCUGGCGAACUACCAUUUAAAUCUGAAGAAUUUAUAAUUACUUUAGUUGAUGAAGAUGAUGGUGCUGGAGCUGCUGCAAGGCGGGAGAGGAUUUUCAAAGUUGUCAUUACAUUUGCUGUUAAAACCGAUCUUUAUCAGCUGGAAAGGUUCUUGACUAGGAAGCAAAGAGAUGCUCCACAACUGCAAAUUCUGGAUAUUGUGAUGCGUCAGCUGCCCAAUGAAAACAUUCGGUACUACCCUUCUGGAAGAUCCUUCUACUCCCCCCUUUUUCUUCCGAGGACGAGUCUUGGUGGUGGUUUCGAAAGUUAUAAAGGAUUUUAUCAAAGCAUGAGACCUACAGAGAAGGGCUUAUCACUGAAUAUCGAUAUUACAUCAAAAGCAUUCUUUGAGGCAGUGCCUGUUGUUGAAUUUGUAAGAAGGCUUCUUGGAAGGAAUGUUCAACGUACAAAGCUAACUGAUAGAGAAAUUGCUACGGUGAAUAAAUCUUUAAAAGGUGUGAAAGUGGAGGUUACACAUCGUGGCAACGACCGCAGAAAAUAUCGUAUACUUGCUUUAACGGAAAAGGCAACAAGAGACCUGUCUUUUUCUAUGGAAGGCACGAUGAAGACAGUGGUACAAUAUUUUCUAGACGCUUAUAAUAUUCCUAUCCAACUUCUUGGUUGGCCCUGUCUUCAAGUUGGCAAUCAACAGAGGCCAAUUUAUCUUCCCAUGGAGGUUUGCCGGAUUGUUGAAGGACAAAGAUAUUCUAAGAAGUUGAAUCUAGAACAAUUAAAGACAUUUUCAAAUGCAACGUCCCAGUGCCCAGAAGCUCGUCAGAGAGCUAUUAUGGAGACGGUUCGUCGUAAUGAAUACAAUUUGGAUCCAUAUGCCACUGAGUUUGGAAUUCAAAUCACUGAGACACUUACAACAGUUAAAGCACACGUUCUGCCUCCACCUAUGCUUAAAGACGGUAGGAGGCCGAAUUUCGAGCCAGGAAUGGGUGAAUGGAAGCAGCAGCAAAUGGUAAUUGGUGGGAGGGUCAAAAACUGGGCUUGCAUCAGUUUUGCUCAAGAUGCAGAGGAAUAUGGUAUUCACGAGUUUUGUUAUGAGCUAGCUUCUGCGUGUCGCAAUUCUGGAAUGGAAUUUGAUACGAAGCCUGUAAUUCAACUGAAAUAUGCAAAACCUAAUCAAGUUGAAGAAGCAUUGAAUGCACUUUAUAGUGACGCAAAGCUUGAUUUACUUAUUGCAAUAUUGCCUGAAAAUAAUGGUUCUCUUUAUGGGAAUCUAAAGCGUAUAUGCGAGACUCAAAUUGGGUUAGUUUCACAAUGUUGUUUAGUCAAAUAUGUUUUUAAGAGAAGCCGAGCUUACCUUGCCAAUGUUGCUUUGAAAAUUAAUGUGAAGGUUGGAGGAACGAACACUGAGCUUGGUGAUAAUUUGCCAAAAUUCUUGCCUGUGGUCGGAGAUGAGGCCACAAUUAUAUUUGGUGCAGAUGUGACUCAUCCUCAGCCUGGGGAUGUCUCAAGCCCUUCAAUUGCUGCUGUUGUUGCUUCUCAGAACUGGCCAAAUAUAACCAAAUAUGCUGCACGGGUUUCUGCUCAGGCCCAUCGUAAGGAGCUGAUUGAGAACUUACAGAUUGGUUCUGGUGGCAUGAUCAAGGAGUUAAUUCAAUCAUUUUAUACAGCUACAAAGAAAAAGCCUGAGCGGAUAAUAUUUUACAGGGAUGGUGUUAGCGAGGGACAGUUCCUUCAAGUUUUGGAGCAUGAAUAUAUUGCAAUUCGUAACGCUUGUGCCUCGUUCCAUCUUGAUUAUCGACCAAAGAUUACCUUUGUGAUUGUUCAGAAAAGGCAUCAUACCAGGCUGUUUGCAAACAACCAUUUAGGCAUUGAGUCAGUAGAUGGGAAAGGAAACAUCCUUCCAGGGACUGUGGUUGAUUCAGAUAUCUGUCAUCCAUUUGAGUUUGAUUUCUACCUAUGUAGUCAUGCUGGAAUCAAGGGGACUAGCCGGCCAACACAUUAUCAUGUUUUAGUGGAUGAAAACAAUUUCUCUCCUAAUGACCUGCAAACACUUACAUAUAACUUAUGCUACACAUAUGCAAGGUGCACAAGAUCAGUAUCAAUUGUGCCGCCUGCAUACUACGCUCAUCUUGCUGCUUCCAGGGCAAGGUUUUAUUUGAAUCCCAUGACAUCUGAAAAUGCUUCACAGCCAAGAGCUGCAGCUGCAAAUGAGGCACCCAACACUAGUGAAGAUAGAGAUCGUGCUGUCACGCCUCUUCCUGCUAUCAAGGAGAAUGUUAAGAAUGUGAUGUUCUACUGUUGAGUUCUGCAGUGCUGUCAGGGCCCUCUUCCUGCUCGCGAGGAUAAUGUUGAGGAAGUGAUGUUCUAUUGCUGAUUUCUGCGUUCCUGCAUUUCAUGUUCUUUUUACUGCUGCGUCCAUGUUGUUAUUGAGUCUUCAACUGAAAGAGUUGACCAGGGAAAUGUUUGUUCUAAGUUUCUUUCAAAUUUGAUUGACUUGGGGUUUCAAUAAACUUU